AUAUUCAUAGAAAAUACGUACAAAGUCUCAUGAAACCUUAUUUUUUGUUUAAUCAAUACUUAAAAUAAAGUAAAAUUGUCGAUAAAAAAAAAUAACUUGGUGAAAGUUAAAUAAUAUUUCUCCAUCACGAAAACUAAUUUUUAUUGUCAGUGGCUCAUAUAAUGAGCGUAACAACAAAUGAAGAUGAGACUGGUAUGACCACACCAGAAUUAAUCGCAAUACAUGGUUAUGUAUCAGAAACACAUCAUAUUUGGACAGAAGAUGGAUACUGUUUAGAUGUGCAUCGAAUUCUUCCAUCAAAAUUACAUAAGCAUUCCUAUUAUGAUAGAAGUGAGAAUAAUGUAGAAAUCUUAAAUGAUAAAAGACCAAUAGAGUAUACAAGCUAUGAAGUUAAUCGAAGAGAACAAGAACCAGUUCUGAUUUAUCAUGGACUUUUGUCAAGUUCAGCUGACUGGGUAUUAUCUGGUCCAAGGAAGGCUCUAGCAUAUAUUUUAUGUGACAACGGUUAUGAUGUUUGGUUAGGAAAUGCAAGAGGUAAUACAUAUUCUAGAAAGCACAAACAAUAUACAACCAGAGACAGAGAAUUUUGGGAUUUUAGCUGGCAUGAAAUUGGUUAUUAUGAUUUACCAGCAACAAUAGACUACAUUUUAGAGCAAACUGGACAUACAGAGCUCAAUUAUGUGGGUUAUAGUCAGGGUACAACUGCAUUUUUUGUAAUGGCCAGUGAAAAAUCUGAGUAUAAUCGAAAAGUUAAGGGAAUGAUUAGUUUAGCACCAAUAGCAUUCCUUUCAAACCACAGAAGCCCUUUACUCAAAUUUAUUGUUCCUUUUUAUGGCUUAAUGGAGUGGGGAACAUCUUAUUGCAAUAUACAUCAGUGGUUCGCCCGUAACAGGUUACAGACACGAGCCCUUGGUACAAUAUUUCGAAAUGCUUCUGGCGGUUUUACUGAAGGAUUCUGGAUGUACUGGUUUUCACUAAUUGCUGGAUAUGAUAGUGAUCAGGUAGAGAAGUCUAUGCUAUCACUAAUUUUUGGACAUUUUCCAGCUGGUGCUUCUGUUAAACAAAUCAUUCAUUACUGUCAAAGUAUACUAUCAGGAACAUUUUGUAAAUUUGAUUAUGGAGCAACAGAAAAUCUCAAAAUGUAUGGAUCGACACAACCACCAAAAUAUGACCUCAAAGAAGUAAAAACACCAGUUGCAAUAUUUUAUAGUGAAAACGAUUUUUUAACUGAUCCUGCAGAUGUUAAAAAGCUCACUGAUAGACUUCCAAAUGUUAUACAGACAAAAAAAAUUGAAUACUCAAAAUUUAAUCACAUAGAUUAUAUGUGGGGUAGGGAUGCCAGAACACUUCUCUAUAAUGCUGUUGUAACAGCUUUAAGAAAAAUAAGAUAA